AUGAUUGCAGCCUCGGUGAAAGCAAAAUCAGCAGAAGAAAUGCGUCGAGGAAAGAAAUGGGAGAGCUUAUUCUCAAAAGGUCCCAUUCCAAAAACUCUGUGCACAUCAGUCACCGUGGCAGAAUUCACGUUGUGCACGAGGUACGACUAUGUUCAGGCCCACUUGUACAGUUUUGGUAUAGCGGACAGCGCCACAUGCCCCUUUGUCAGGAUGGAAGAAUGGACGGAGAGCAUCUUCAGGGCUACAGUGAACUUGCCAACACUUCGACCUCGCAGCAUGCAGUCACGUCCAGCCUAUAUUGGGAAGCUCGUCGCCGAAUGGAAGAAUUGCGAAGGAGUGGCAUUGGCUAAAAAAGACAAAAUAGUUUUUACUGCGUUUCCCAAGGCUGUGGCAUGUCUCACCUGCAGUGUACUGACGCUUUCAGCGAUAUCAUGUGACCGAUUCAUGGCUAUCAUGUUUCCACUUCAUGUUCGAAUUACUAAACAGCGGACUUCAAUUGUUAUGAAGAUCAUAUGGCUUAUCUCUAUACUUGUAUCAAUUCCCUUUCUUAUUUUCAAAAUACAUAAAGUUGAAUCAUAUAUAGAUUUUGAUGUAGCGACAUGUCGGGAACACUGGCCCUUGAAUAUUUACUACGACGAAAGUAUCGGAGGAUGCAUGUAUGAAGAAACACUGCGCAAGGUUUACUAUAUAGUAGUAAGCGUGGCAUUAUAUUUUCUCCCUAUUGGUAUCAUGAUUACAGCUUAUUCACUAAUACUGUGGAAAUUGUGGAUUUCUGAAGUACCAGGAGAAAGACAUGCAGCGAACAUAAAUGUGCAGUAUCGAGCUCGAAAAAAGGUUAUUAAAAUGGUAUGUGUAGUCCUAGUGGCAUUCAUUGUUUGCUGGACUCCAUUUCAAGUGGUAGUUCUGCAUUCCGCAUAUAGCUCCAUUGAUUAUGUAGCACCCAGAUGGAUGGACAGCUUCGUUUUUUUCGCUUACUACCUAGCUUUUGCUAAUAGCUUCAUAAAUCCAAUCAUCUAUGGUGGUUUUAACAAAUCAUUCAGAGAUGGAUUUUGUGUCAUGCUGCGAUGUGGAAUUCGACCAGGAAGAUUUACUGGACCUCGUGCUGAUAAUAAUUCAAGAAUAACAAAUACCGACAAACAUCCAAAUAUAUUUGUUAAGUCAUUCCGAAGUAUGACUACUCUCCUUUCUUCUUAUCGAAGUCGGACGAAUGAUUAUUUUAAUCGUCGUAAAACGAAAGUGCCUACAUACCAAGCGGAACUUGUGACGGCUACUGAAGUAUAAGAUUGCAUUAACUGAAACACUUUUAUGUUCGAUCUAGACUGACAUUCACGACUGGGUUGAACUCCAGCCCGUCGCGUUUAACGUCACGGACACUGAAUGGCGCCAACAAAACACCAUCACAGAAGUCUUCAAUGAAUAUCGAAAUGAAAAAUGCUGUAUUUCAU